AUGUCAUCGGACAAAUCGCCUGCUGCCGAGAAAGUCGACCAUGGUCGCUGUCUCUGCGGAGCCGUGACGUUCACGGUCGUGGGCGAGCCGAUCUAUAAUGUCCAAUACACCCUGCACACCGGCUCCGAGCACAUCACCACGUACGCCGACCGGGCGACGCAGUCGGGCCUCCCGCUCUCGCGCGCCUUCUGCAAAAUCUGCGGCUCCAAGGUCUACUCCCUGACGCCGCUCAACGACGACAUCGUCUCCCUGCCCGCGGGCGUGCUGGACGGCGUCACCACCCACUGGGCCCCGCACAAGGAGCAGUUCUGCGACGUGCGCUGUGCGUGGGUGCCCGAGGACUUGGGCGGCGAGGGCGUGCGGGAGAGGUUCAAGAAGGGGCCGAUGGGGGAGAGGGUCGAGGUGGGAACUGGUAAGUUGUAA